AUGAACAAAAUCAACAAAGAGACCACCCAAGACGAAGUUCCCGACGUGGGAACUGGCGUCAGUCAUAACUUGCACUCCAUCGGAUCUCUGAAACCUGUAACCCAGGCACAGGGUGAUCUAUUUGAUGAUGAGAAUGGCGAAGUCGACUUCCGUGGAGUCUCAUGGCAAGGUGCGGCGAUUCUCGUCACCAAAUUACAGAUUGGACUUGGGGUUCUCAGUCUUCCCUCCACGUUCCACGUCUUGGGUUUCUUUCCCGGUAUCCUUUGCUUCCUCGUCUUGGCCUUGAUCUGCACCGUGGCUGGUUAUGUAUGUGGUAAUGCCAGACAGUAUUAUCCACAUAUGCACAGCAUUGGUGAUGCGGCAGAGUUGCUCUUUGGCAAAGCAGCACGGGAAAUUGUUGGUGUGAUCUACUAUAUCUAUGUCGCCUUGGUCGCUGGUGCUGGGAUGCUCGCGGUAUCGGUCGCUCUCAACGCUGUAUCUAGCCAUGCAACAUGCACCAUGAUCUUUCUCGCUGUUGCUUGUGUUUUCUCGUUGGUUGUUGGUACCGGCUUUAGGUCUCUGGAAAAAGUGUCCUGGAUCAGUUGGGUGGGUGUGGCUGGGAUUAUCGCCUCCGUAUGGGUCACCGCAAUUGCAUGCCUGACUCAAGAUCGACCAGCUGCGGCCGUACCAGAUCAGCCUAUCAAUCUCGAUAUACGCGCCUUCCCGAAGACUACCUUCAUCAAAGCAAUGUCUGCAAUCGCUAAUCAGCUAUUUGCUGUCGGCGGAUCUGGAACAUUCUUCACAAUCUCGGCCGAGAUGAAGCAUCCGCACUUGUUUACUCGAUCGCUCCUUUGCGGCCAAUCAUUCAUUAUUCUGACAAAUAUUGUGAUCGCUUCUAUAGUUUAUGGCAAGGUUGGCCAGUACAUAGCUAGUCCCGCCUUGGGGUCGGCUGGCCCGCUGAUCAAGAAAAUCGCUUACGGGAUUGCCCUUCCAGGCUUGUUGGUUACGGCUGUUCUAUACAGUCACACUGCGGCAAAGUAUUCAUUCGUGAGAAUACUACGUGGUACGCGUCAUCUACAGUCAAACACAAUGGUACACUGGGCUGUGUGGAUUGGAUCUAUGACUGUCACGGUGGUUUUUGGCUUUAUUAUCGUCGGUGUUGUACCCUUUUUCGACGACUUUCUGAGUCUGGUUGGCGCACUUUUCAAUCCGGUAUUCACGAACAUUAUUCCUGGCUUUAUGAUGCUCUUCUUUAUUGGAAGGAAGCCAGUUAAAGCAUUUGAAGGAAGCCUGUCUUCGAACAUGGACAAUUCAACAUCAGCGAAUCAUUGGUCCGUCGAUGCGUUUAGGGCCGCUAAAUGUGGCUGGAAAAAUGCUAUCGGAUUCGCAUUUGCAUGGUUUAUGAUCAUCACAGGUGGUUUGAUAAUCGUGGGAGGUACCUAUGCAACCACCCUAAGCAUUAAGAACGCUUACCGUGAUGGCGAAAUAUCAGGCGUCUUUUCUUGUGGUGAUAACUCUUAG